CCCCCUUUCCUUCUCUUCCCCGCGUCUCCUCCGAUUUUCUCCGGGAUCCGCGAUGGGGAAGGAGCAGGAGCUUCUCGAAGCGGCUCGCACGGGAAACCUGGCCGCAGUGGAGAAGCUUUUAUCCGGGAAGCGACAGUCCGCUGGCGCCGGCAGCGGAUCGUCUGGGACCGGGGGAAGCGGCAACAGCGGCGGCCACGCCGCCUCCUCUCAUCCGCUCUCCAGUCUGCUCAGUAUCUGGAGAGGCCCCAAUGUGAAUUGUGUGGACAGCACUGGAUACACCCCCCUCCACCACGCCGCCCUGAACGGACACAGCGAGGUGGUGGAGGCGCUGCUACGAAACGAGGCCUUGACCAACAUCGCCGACAACAAGGGCUGCUACCCUCUCCAUCUGGCUGCAUGGAAGGGAGAUGAACAUAUCGUCAAACUGCUCAUUCACCAAGGACCUUCACACCCUAAACUCAACGAGCAGAGCUCUGUAGACCAUAAAGAGUUCAAACGCUGUGGGCCCUUUGACCCCUAUAUUAAUUCCAAGAACAAUGACAACGAGACGCCGCUGCACUGUGCCGCCCAGUACGGCCACUCCCGGGUGGUGCGGCUGCUGCUGGAAGAGCUGACAGACCCCACCAUGAGGAACAACAAGUUUGAGACCCCGCUGGACCUGGCUGCACUGUAUGGCCGCCUGGAGGUAGUGAAGCUGCUGCUCACUGCACACCCCAACCUGCUCAGCUGCAACACCAAGAAACACACACCGCUGCAUCUGGCCUCUCGGAACGGACACCUGUCUGUGGUGGAGGUGCUGCUGGAUGCUGGCAUGGACAUUAACUAUGAGACGGAGAAAGGCAGUGCCCUCCACGAAGCAGCCCUGUUUGGGAAGACAGAUGUGGUACAAAGACUUCUCAGUGCAGGUAUCGAUGUGAACAUUGUGGACCAGAAGGGCCUGACAGCGCUGGAUACUGUCAAGGACAUGCCCUCUCAGAAGAGCAGACAGAUAGCUGCUCUCAUCCAAGGUCACAUGACUGGAAAACCCCCUGACAUUGACCUUCCCCCUCCACCAAUCCCUCCGCCUCAGGAGAGCCCCAGCCCACGGAAAAGGGGUGAUCUAGAGAAAGUGAGCGAGUUGAUCUCGGGGCUGGCCCCGGGGCCCGAGGAGGAGAGCCCGUAUGAAGCUCUUUUUGAAGCCACAUCUUGCCACUCUCUGGACAGCCUCACCAGCGGCAAAUCCUCUGACAGGGAUUCUGGACGGCCAGAUAGUGAAGCUGGCAAGAAAGAUCGCCUGGUCCACUCAUCACAUCCUGGCCCUGGUCAUGAAGAAGAGGUGAGCUCAGAGGCCCUGUAUACUAACAGCAGUAUUGAUGAGAGAGGAGAGCCGGGGGUGGAGGAGGAGGAGGAUCACACAUAUGAGUUGUUGCUGACUGCACAGACCAAAGUCCCACCACCCAGCCAGGAGUCCCAAUCCCAUAAAGAUGAAAACACCACUAUACAGUCUUCCAACAGUGUCCUACCUCAGCGUAAACCCACUGCCCCAAACGACCUCAGAGCCCCGAGCAAGACGAAAGACAGCCUCCACCCUCCUGGACGGGCGGGCCCACGCGCAUCAGGAGAUAACUCCCAGCUCAGCCAGGAUCAGGGAGCAGGUGUCCCAGAGCAGUUUACCGGCCUCCUGCACGGAUCCUCCCCUGUGUUCGACUCCCGAGAGGAGCCCUUCAGGCUUCCAGGUGCUCCGCCACCCGGCCAGGGCCAGCCAGAGUCGAGAGCAUCUGUUAAAGCUAAAGAGGAAGUAGUAGCAGCUGCACCGCCACCCAGCCGUCCCAGUAUGGCCGCCAUCCUGACAGACUGUGAUCCAAAAGCAAUUUAUGCGACUGUGAACAAGGAGCCCAGGGACUCCGGGGCUGGGGCGGUGUCUGCCGGCAGGAUGCGCCCUCCUGGAGACCUGAAGCUGGCACGCAGCCUCUCCAAGUCGGACUCGGACUUGCUCGUGUCACCUCCUAGUGAGGAGGAAGGAGGAUUGGGAAACCGUAGCGAGUCUGUUUCUAACUGUAGCACUGGCAAGAAGAGGCUUGAGAAAUCUCCCUCUUUCACCUCAGAAUGGGACGAGAUCGAGAAGAUCAUGACACUGAUUGGUGCUGGCAUCGAUUUUUCCAGAGAUCAGCAAUAUGCUACACCAGCAGGUGCUGCAGGCCGGCUGCUGGACCAGCCUGUGGGAGACUGGCUGGAGCACGUGGGGCUGCCGCAGUACGAGAGCAAACUACUCCUCAACGGUUUCGACGACCUGCACUACAUGGGGAGUAAUGUAAUGGAAGACCAGGACUUGAGAGAAAUUGGAAUCACAGACCCGAGCCACAGAAAGAAGAUCUUGCAUGCAGCACGUUCCUUACCCAAGGUGAAAGCACUGGGCUGUGACGGCAGCAGCUCGCUGUCCUCCUGGCUGGAGAAUCUGGGCCUGCACGAGUACUUGCACAACUUCCUGGCCAGUGGCUAUCGCACUCUGGAUUGUGUCAAAAACCUUUGGGAACUGGAGAUUGUCAAUGUGCUAAAGAUCACCCUACUUGGUCACAGGAAACGCAUCAUUGCUUCCUUAGCAGAGAGGCCCUAUGAGGAGCCUCCCGUCAAGCCUCCUCGUUUGUCUCAGAUCAGGUGCCAAGACCUGCCUGGAUCCCAGACCUCAUCUCCGCUUAGCCUGAUGGAGUCAUACACAGGACGCUCAAUGGACCCUCUGCUGCCAGUAGGGGAACCAGGGAGGAAAAAAGUGCCAGAUACCGACUAUGACGUCACCCAAAGACAUCGCAGUGAACGACACAGAUCGCAUGAACGGUAUGAAGAACGGCAUCGAGAACCCCGUUUGACCCUGCGGCCGCCUAGUUUGGCAGCACCGUACGCUCCAGUCCAGAACUGGCAUCACCAGCCAGAGAAGCUCAUCUUUGAAUCCUGCGCCUACGAAGCCAAUUACCUCGGUUCCAUGCUUAUUAAGGAUUUACGGGGUACUGAAUCCACCCAGGAUGCCUGUGCCAAAAUGCGGAGGUCGACAGAACAAAUGAGAAAAGUCCCGACCAUCGUUCUCUCCAUCACAUACAAGGGUGUGAAGUUCAUUGAUGCAGCCAAUAAGAACAUCAUCGCAGAGCAUGAGAUCCGUAAUAUUUCGUGCGCAGCCCAGGACCCAGAGGACUUGUGCACAUUCGCCUACAUCACUAAGGACCUGCAGACCAGCCAUCACUAUUGCCACGUGUUCAGCACAGUAGACGUGAACCUGACCUAUGAGAUUAUACUGACGCUGGGGCAGGCGUUUGAGGUAGCCUAUCAGCUGGCUCUGCAGGCCCAGAGGACCAAACAGCACCAGAACCUUCCAGUGGGACCCGGUUCAGAGGUCAUUGAGACCAAGUCCAGCCGACCUGUACCCAAACCACGAGGCAGCGUACGGAAGUCAGGGGACUCUCCUCCUCUCGACAGUCGUUGCUGUUACUGUUACACCUGCACCACCCACCGUCCCUCCUUCCUACCGCUGCACUCUACCAGCCCUGCUGCCCAGGGAGAUGUUGUGGAUCAGGAGGGGGAUUCUCAGUCCCAGAGCAGCGCCACGUGGCUCGUGGACCCCAAGGAAUCCAAGCGCACCAUCAGCACUAAGUACGAGACCACCAUAUUCUGAGUGGACCCCCUCUUCCUCCUGACCUCUGCACCUGGGCCUGGUCUCUCACCCCUCUCCUUUCCCUCCUUCUGUGUGCCUUUCACUGUGACUCUGCCUCUCUCCAGGCUGGACCCCCGCCCUCCCUCGUCUCCCUUCACACUGUAGCUCUGUCUCGUGUUGUUGCCGGAUCGACUGACAGAAUAAUCUUGUACUCAGUCUGUCACUCCCUGACAUCACUUUUGUCUUCAUCUGACAACAACACAAUCUGUGACAGUUGAAGGAGCGCUUUGUUCCUUCCUUAUCCUAAACCACCACCACUACUACUCUACUACGUAUUGAUUAUUAGUGCAACCCUUCCACUUUAUCAGUCCUCUUCUAGCUGGUAUCAGUCACACUACCAGCCUGCCACUUUCCUUCACUGUUAUUCUCCUCUCUGUUUACCUUGUAUGCUCCCUGAACUCUGUACAAUGCUUCCUUUUCCCCCAAUCAACAUCCUACUAUUGACUCUUAGUGAUAAGCUCUUUUUUUUUUCUUGGUGCUUUUCUCGCUCCAUUAGGCGACGGCCGCUCUGAGGCUUUUCACUCUGAUCUUUCAACUCCUGACUGCGAGUCCUGAGAAAAUCUGAGUGACCCACUGCACACAUCCUGUACCUGGAUGGACAUGUUUCCUGAGGGAACUGUGAAACUGCUCCCGCAAUUUCUAUGCAUCAGUCGGAUUGUAGCAGACUGUUUCUGUUCAGGGGGGAUGCAGGUUGUGCUGUUAGAGCGAUUUAACAAAGGGGGAGAUUUUUUCACUAUCAGCAGGCUGUUCAAAGCCAAAGGAGGCUAAGAUUCUUGCACUGUGAUAAAGUCCUUUUAUGGAGCUAAUAAAGUAAACAUUUUGAGGGAUUUUCUUGUGGGACGCAGAGGAUUUGGACCUGCAUGUUAGUGGUCCUGGCUGCUCCAGAAAAUAGACAGUCCAAACUGUCUACGACUGGCAUGCUCUCCUCUGUCUAUCAAUCAGAGCACCAGGAUUAAAACCUGAUGCUUCCUCUGGAGUGAAAUAACUAUAACUAAGCACUUUCACCAAAUCCCUAAAUGUGUAAGAAUAAGUGCAUCUUCCUCUGUCCUGUCUUUUUCUCUUCUUCUUCUUCUUUUCACGACAAAUGCCUUCAAUGUUCAUCCUGCCUUUUGUUUUGCCAAUCACAGCAAGUUAAUAUUUCACUGCUGCCAGUGAAAAGAGUUAAUCAUUAUAUUGGGGGAGGGGUGAUCCAUCACAAUGUUUGUGUCCAUUAUUUCAGUGUUAUUUUUACUUAUUUUAACCUCAUUGCUUUGUGUGCAUGUGUCUGUGUCCCUU